AAAUUAAUUAUAAAAUGAUUAUUAACGGCAAACCCAAUCAAUCGAUCGUCUAUCCGAGCGAUGAGUUCAAGAGGACGGCACACAUCUCAAGUAUCAAUGAAUAUAAACAUCUUUACAAGAAAUCUAUUGAAGAUCCCGAAGCAUUUUGGAUGGAUAUCGCAAAAGAGUUUUAUUGGAAGAGUUGGUCACAGAAUAAUGAUUUUCUCAAAUAUAACUUUGAUCUAAACAAUGGACCCAUUUAUAUGAAAUGGAUGGACGGUAUGGUCACUAAUAUGUGUUAUAAUGUUGUGGAUCGUGUCAUCGAAAAGGGAUUGGGAGAUAGGGUGUGCUAUCAUUGGGAGUCUAACGAUGCAAACACUUACAAACAUCUAACAUAUAAUGAGCUAAAACAAGAGGUCUGUAAGUUUGCCAACGCAUUGAAAAGUUUGGGCAUUAAAAAGGGAGACAGAGUUGCCAUUUAUAUGUCGGUAUCAAUUGAAUUAGUGAUCGCUAUGUUAGGCUCUGCCCGUAUUGGAGCUAUUCAUUCAGUUAUAUUUGCUGGAUUUUCUGCCGAAGCACUGGCCGAUCGCAUUAUAGACGCUAAUUGUUGUCUAAUAGUGACCUCAGAUGGUGCCUAUCGGGCCAACAAAUUUAUACCAUUAAAAGAUAUCACUGAUAAAGCUUUGAAUAUAUGUGAACAUAAGGGACACCAAAUGAUUGCAUGUAUAGUAAGUCCACAUUUAGACCUAAGCGUUAGUCAUCAACAAAAUAAUAAAGAUAUUAACUAUAAUUAUGCCAUUAAUUGGAACAAUAAGAUCGAUAUAUUUUGGACAGAUAUCAUGUCAAGUGUUUCCGAUUAUUGUCAACCAGUUUGGUUGGAGGCCGAGGAUCCACUUUUUAUACUAUACACCAGCGGAAGUACAGGAAAACCUAAAGGGAUGGUCCAUACGGUCGGCGGUUAUUUGCUAUACUCUUAUUUAACUUUUAAAUAUGUGUUCAACUAUACGGACGGUGACGUGUUUUUGUCUACUGCCGACUUGGGAUGGAUGGCCGCUCAUACGUUUAAUGUGUACGGAGCACUGGCCAACGGGUGCACUGUUGUACUGUUCGAGGGUACACCUGUCUACCCGACCCCAUCACGGCUCUGGAACAUCAUUGACAGGUUGGACGUCAAUAUUUUCUAUACGGCGCCGACAACCAUACGAUCGUUGAUGAAGUUUGGCGAUCAUUACGUAAAAUCAUCUAAACGCGACUCAUUGAAAGUGUUGGGAACCGCUGGCGAACCAAUUAAUCCCGAAGCCUGGUAUUGGUUUUGGGAUGUUGUCGGUGAUCAACGGUGUCCUGUAGUCGAUAACUAUUGGCAAACAGAGACUGGCGGACCUAUGAUAACGUGUUUUCCUGGAGCAACACCUAUGAAACCUGGUUCGGCAACCUUUCCUUUUUUCGGAGUUGUUGCUGUAGUAUUGGACAGUAAUGGUAAAGAGAUUGAAGGACCGGCAGUGGGACAGUUAGCUUUUAAAAAGCCGUGGCCCGGAUUAGCUCGUACCAUUGAUGGCAAACAUGAAUGGUAUCAAAUAACUUAUUUUCAGAAGUUUAACGGAUAUUAUUCGACCGGUGAUGGCGUAAGACGGGAUAGUGACGGCUACUAUUGGAUGACUGGUCGCAAUGACGACACACUUAACGUAUCGGGACAUCUACUGUCAACAGUUGAAGUGGAAACGGCUAUUGUUGAGCACCGGGCCAUUGCUGAAGCAGCUGCAGUAUCGGCGCCCCAUCCUAUAAAAGGACAAUGUAUUCAUGUGUUUGUUGUACUAAAUAACGGGUUUGAGUUCAACAGCGAACUCAAUAAAGAUAUCAAACAUCGGGCCCGCGAAAAAAUCGGAGCACUGGCCGAACCCGAUAUGAUCCGACCGUUAACAUCAUUGCCGAAGACUAAAUCGGGUAAAAUUAUGCGCCGAUUGUUGGCAAAAGUCACCCGAAAUGACUUUGACUUUGGCGACACCUCAACGAUGGCCGACCAGUCGAUAAUAGAGGAACUCAUAAUUAACUCGAGUUCUUAUUGACUUUUUAUUUUUAUUUCUAUAUUUUUAUUAAUACAAUUAUUAAAAUAUAAG